UAAUGAAUAAUACUCGUCCCUCAUAACUUCCAGCUGCAAAAGCUACACCAUCUUAAUUACCUCAGAGUGGUUAAUUAAUUCCUGAAGGUUAUUAACCAACGGUUGGUUGGGUUCCAGCUUCUUCAUAGAUUCAGCCUGGAACUAUGAAUUAAGCUAUUCCAAUAUAACAAACUGGAUUAAUAACAAAUCCUCAAUAUUUUUAACAGCAAGCUUAUGCCUAAUAACCCCUAAUUCAAUCAAACGGGCCUGUAGUUACUUAAGGAAAUGUAUAAACCAUAAUUAAUUGUCUUAGGUUAUAAAAGGGGAGUCAAGAAUAGAGUAUAUUCCUUAUACGAAAGAGGUGACAGAAUAUGUUACUCAGGAAGUUGUUGAAUAUGUUCCUAGGGAAAGGAAGAUUACCGACUAUUAUGCUGUUGAAUAUGUAACAGAACACAUUCCUUAAGUUAUUUAAGAAAAAUAUAUUGGUAAUUCUUGAACACUAUGACAGAGUAUGUUCCUGUUGAAACGAUAAAAGAGAGAACAGAAUAUUAAGCAGUGACUAGAUAGAGUGUUAUUUAGUAACCUAUUGAUUAUCAAUAGAUAUAAACAACUCAAUAAUAUUAAGGUAAAUAAAAUUUAUUUAUUGAAUCUAGUGCCAGCUCAAAUUCAAUAUGCGACCACAACAACAAAUUAAUAUAUUCCUACAACCUAAAACCAAUUCACCACAGUACCAGUGACAACAUCCUAAUACAUACCAUAACAAGUUACAUAUGGUUAAUUACCUGCAACAACAACUACAUAUGGUUAAUUACCUGCAACAACAACCACUUAUGGCUAAUUAUCUGCAACAACAGCAGCUUAUGGUUAAUUGCCAUCCCAAGUUACUUACGGUUAAUAACCUGUAACAACUACUACAGCUUAUGGAUAAUUACCAUCAACUACAACCUAGGCCUAUGGAUAAUUACCAUCAAAUGCAUAUGGUCAAGUGACAACAACCACUUAAUAAUAUUCAACAGGAUGGCAAUAAGUAUUUCCAUCAGCUGCAGGUAAUGUUCAACAACCUUAAUUCUAACAAUAAUAACCCUAGUAAGCUAUGCAAAGACCAGGAUAAAGUCCAAAAUAUUAAUGAU